AUUCAUGUCUGUGAGCUACUCUGGGAAACGCCGGAAGAGCAGGCUCUGUGGAGGCUAAGCUUAAGUGUCUGCAAGUUGGAUCAUGGCUCUCGGAGACUGUUGGAAGCAGUUGUCCUGGUUUUACUACCAGUACCUGCUGGUGACCGCGCUGUACAUGCUGGAGCCGUGGGAGAGGACCGUGUUCAAUUCCCUGCUGAUCUCUGUGGCUGCCAUGGCAAUCUACACCGGUUACGUCUUCAUGCCACAGCACAUCAUGGCUAUCCUUCACUACUUCGAGGUGGUCCAGUGAGCCGGUGCUGCUUCUCCGUCCGUUUACCACAUCUUCUAACAAUCCUACGGUCUAUGGAAACACAUCACUGUUUGCAGUCAUGCUGUCGCAGAACUUUUCUCUUCACGGGAUCAAUGUGAGAAGUCUAAAGCUGGGAAUACUGUGCAGGAGGCCAUGUUGGACUACAUGAAACCUGGAGACAUUGUUUUACUGGGAAACGACGUUUGUUUCACUUAGAUUCAACUACACAUUACUGUUUGUGGUUUGUUGGACUGUAUUUGGUGUUUAGACAUUAAACCUGGUGUUCUAUAGUUAGUCCUGCAGUAUAAAUACUGGACCGAUGAAUGGAAUGAUUUAGGUAUGACUGCUGUAGUCCGACUUUUGAAUGGACUCUGUUGAAAGCAUUUCCAACUUCUCCCAUCAGGUUUAAUUUCUUGCGACAGAACUCAACCCUCUACCUUUACCUGUGCUUUAAAAACAAGAUGCCUUUCGACUGCCCUGCAGAAAGCUUGGACCGGUUCUGAUAAAUAAACGCCUUUUUUCAUUAUGAUACAGGAUGUUUUAGCUAGGGAAGAACUGAUGUGUAUAAAAUUGUUUGAUCUAUUUUAAUUUCUCUUGUAUCUUCUUACCUUUUUUCAGUGAUGAUUGAACAUAUGUUGUCUUUAACAUGAGUAGGUUGUCAGUUUGUUGCAAUAGGCUGCAUCCCAAUACCAUGAUCCACUUAGUAAAAAGAAAUCACCUUUUUUGAUGCUUGACUUAAUUAAAAAUGCUUAUAAAGUUACAAGAGGUACCUGUAAAAUCUAUUCCACUAACUACUAAUUUCAGGAAUUUUAAAGAUAUGAAGGUUUCCAUUGGCGAGUUGUAAAAUGCAAAAAGCUGACAAAUUCCUUUCUAGACAAUAGAUACAACAAAUGUAUUGAUGGGAAAACCUGAGUGUCUAGAAUGAAUACAUCUCAGAAAUGAGUUUACCUCUAGAUGUGCCUCUGGUUUUUAAUAGAAACUUUAUCUGGAUUUGCAUACGUUCCGAUUCCCAUGUAAAGUUAGUUUAAAAGACCAAAGAUCUCUUUGUUUUUUCACUUUGACUCUUCCUGAGAAGAAACAGUGGUUUUCCUAUUAGUUGAGGAUGAGUUGCAGGGGAGGUAGAAAUAACUCUGCUUUUGUAUUUCAUGGGGUUUUAUGUCUGAAACACUCCUGUCAUCGUUCUAGGCAGCAGCUCCAUGUGGAGUCUUACCAUUCUUCUAGCAGGUGCCCCAGUCUGGGACAGGCUCUGUAGACGUAAUUGCUGUUAAAAAUAAAGUUGGGCCAGAAUUAGUAAUUUGGUGGUAAAAGUGCUAAAAAAUUUGAGCCAUUCCCAGACCAGCGCAGCUCUUUAGGUUUGACCUCGGUGGACGGUGAUGAUGCUCUCCUGCAGCUUGACAACAUCUGGAAAGAUUUAUUUUGUGCCGCUCAUUGGACUGCUGGUGGAGCGCCAGGUUCAGGAAAUGAGAUGUUUCCUUAGCUGCAGUGUUGGUAGAGCUCAUUUGUCCUCAUGAGGAAAAAUUUAAUAUUUUUAUAUUUUAGUUGCAUUUAUUAGCAACAUAAAGUCCCACUGCCGACACUAACCCCUAGAAAUCUGACUUUUUCUUCAGUGUAUAUAAUCUUGUAUACAUAUUUGUAAAGUUUGUUGGCAGAUAAUUUGUUGGCAUAAACAGAUGUUUUUCUGAACUGAAAAUAAUUGUGUUCAAUGUGUCCGGAAUGAUUAAAAUUAUAUUUGUUUUACCUAA